AUGAAGACCACGGACAACACUCAUGUCCAGCUCGCCAAUAUCCUUACGACUUCCUACGAGAUCUUCAAGUUCAUUUGCAAAGAACCCGGAGGCUCCAACUCGAUCGAGUUCUUCCUAACGCUCCGAAACGCGAUGAAAGCUGCACAUGAAGCCACUGAUUCGGUGAUGAUCGAAGGGCAGAAGUCGAUCUACCGGGCCAUCCCUCACGAAGACCUAAAGCAGAGCAUCGAGAGCAAGGUUCGUAAUAUUCAAGCUCAGGAGCGGUGCACGUUGUCCAAGUGCACACCUGCGGCGACUGCUACGAAGGGGGAGCGAGCGCAGGUAGCUUCUGGUCAUCAGGCAUAA